AUGGCUCUCCAGAAGACCUUUUCAUUGCUUCUGCUCUUGCUACAGAUGCUGCUGGGGCUGGGGCUGGUGCAACCCUCCUAUGGCCAGUCCAUGUACCAACAAUUCCUGAGGCAACAUGUGGACUCUGAAGAGACAGGUGGCACUGACUUGUACUGCAACACGAUUAUGCAAACAUGGGGGAUGACGAGGCCUACCUGCAAGCAAUUCAACACCUUCAUCCAAGCAGACAUCGGGGCCAUUAAUAACAUCUGCAGGAACCUCAACAUCCAGUGCAAGAAUGGCAAGAUGAACUGCCAUAAGGGUGUAGUGAGAGUCAUAGACUGCAGGCUUACAACAGGUUCCCCGGGAAACUGCAGAUAUGAGGGCAGGGGUAGCUCUAGGAAUGUGGUCAUUGCCUGUGAUGGUAAACCCCCAGUCCCUGUGCACUUUGACGGAUAG